UACUUUUGAAAAGGCAUUGAGACAUGUAGACUGGCCGCCCGUAGAAUUUCUUUGUGUUUGAUUUUAUUUUCUUACUCAAGGAAUUCAGCGUCAUUACAAGGGUAGGCGUCUGAAUCCCCCCACCCCCAGCCUUUAGAUACGCCAAUGCCACCACCACCCCCAAGCAGCAAAAAACCAGAUAAAAGUGUCCACAGUCCACCGAACCCAACCAGUUUACUCCCCUAACAGAUUACAGCGUGUCGGAUGUGAUCAACCUAAUGUGGUGUAGAUAAUAGUUCAUGCCUAAUGUAUAAUGGCAGAAUAUCUCUCCCGACACGAGCUCAAGAUUCUACACAGGAAAGUUGUCAGCGUUAGCAAGGACCUGCAAGGGAAACACACAUCGAUGAGAGAACUUCUCAAGGACAUCAACGACGGUUUCAUAGAAAUUCAAUGCUCUUGUCCCUUAUUUCGUUCCUGUCGACUCCCUCGACUUGUCAGACAGAUUGUCUCUGCAGAAAAUCUAAAAAAUAUUCGUCAAUGGUUGGACGAUUCGUCGAUCGCUACACUACAAUUUAACGAAACAACGGGCUUAAAGGCCUUCUUUGAUAAGAUUGAGCUGAUUAAAAAAAACAACGAGACAGCCGAUGAAGACGACAGCCAUGAGAAUGAGAGUCGUCCUCUGAUAACGGGGAGAAAACCACUGAGCAAAGGGAGGCAAGCGAUCAGAAAACUGAAGAAAAUAUCCGGCCUUAUAGAUGAGAAGCUAGAGGACGAAGACGUGAUGACAGACGCACAACUCAAAAAACACCUGAACAAGCUACAGAGACGAAACAGCUACUACCACGGAGAAGUCCAGCGAGCCUAUCAGGCUCUGAAUAGCCUCAACACCGUCUACGAGGAGUCGCUUAGCUGCUGCAUGUGUUUCAGCUACUUCCGGUUGAAAGAUGCUGUCAGUCACGUGAUGCAAGCCACACGUGCGGACUCAAGUUACCAAGAAUAA